ACAUUCUCAUAUCCGGAAUUACGUCACGACCACUUUCUCUGGAAGAGCUUCCGAAAAUAUAGCGGCAUAUAUAUUUUCAAAAACUUGAAAGCAUAACAAACUACAAUGGAUAGUUUGUCAAAACUGUAAAGUUGAAGUGUAUGUAGACCAUUUAGACAUCCCAUAUUACAGUGAACGGCUUGCUAGCUUCUUUCUGGACAUAGCUACUGCUAGCUCCCGAGCUAGCUAUGUGCCAUGGUUGUUCUCAGAGAUGGCAUGUGUCCUGGAUUGAGUGAAGAAUUGGUUGUGGCUUUACGGGCAGCAGACAUUACAACAGUGGAAGAUCUGGUGUCAUCAGAUACAGAAGACCUUGCUCAAAAAUGUUCCGUGUCCUAUAAGGCCCUGCUGGCUAUACGCAGAGUGCUCCUUGCCCAGCACACAGCAUUCCCUGUAUCAGGUGCUGAUCUAUAUGAAGACCUGCUGAGUUCAACAGCCAUCCUCUCCACAGGCAAUCCUAGUCUAGAUAAGCUUCUAGACUCUGGCUUGUACACAGGAGAGCUCACAGAGUUCGCAGGAAGCCCUGGAAGUGGAAAAACCCAGGUGUGUUUUGGUGUUGCAGUGAAUAUAUCUUACCAACUGAAGCAGAGCGUCAUAUAUGUUGACUCAACAGGAGGACUGUCGGCAAGUCGCUUGCUUCAGAUGCUCCAAGCGAAGUCGUGCAAUAUAGAAGAACAGAUGGAGGCUCUUCAGAGAAUCCAGGUCUUUCCAGUGUUUGACAUCUUCUCGUUACUCGACUGUCUACAUCAUUUUCGAUGCGUUGGACUUCAGCAGGCAUCUGCGGGAGGUGGCUCAGUCAAAGCUGUAAUUGUGGAUUCAGUGUCAGCAGUUAUUUCUCCCAUACUGGGAGGCAAACAAAAUGAAGGCAUGUCCAUGAUGAUGCAAGUGGCAGGGCUGUUGAAGACAAUCGCCAAAGACUUCAAUGUAGCCGUUCUGGUUACAAACACUGUGACCAGAGACGGCAAUGGGCAGCUGAAAGCCGGACUGGGCCAAUCGUGGAGUCACGUACCUAGAAUUCGGAUUCUACUGCAACGGCUCGAGAGGCCGGGAUCCACUUGUUCUAGCGUACACACUGCCACUUUGGCCAAGUCCUCAAGACAGCCUUGUCAUCUGAAAGAAGAGUUUGACUUGCAGUGCUGGGGCAGGUCUGAAGAACAGCUGUAUGGAAAGUCAGGAAAGAGGAAGCUGGAGAACACUGAGCCCAGCUAGGCCUCAACAUCCAUGGUGGUGCUCAUUAGGUAUCAAAUGGAAGAAAACUGACAAAGGAUAUUCAAACCAGUUUAUUUUAAACAUUAGCACAUCAAAGGUAUUGUGUGAAUUAAAGGAUAUUUCUGACAUAAUUUUGUAAACCAGAGUGCAACCAGGUGACAAAUCUAACAAACCUCAAUUUAGUGUUCCACUUGCCCAUAAGAAAAAAACGAUUGUUAAAAAAAUUGUGACAGUGUCCUGCUAGUCUUUUUUUCCCCUCAUCUUGCAUUUCAUGUGGAGAACAUGCAUUGUUAGAAGAAGCUCUCUCCUAGAUACUAUGACAGUCUACUUUCAUCAUUGGACAUGUCCAUGACAUGUUUAAACUACUUUAACUCUUCCUAAUAGUAUUGUUAUCUACACUACACACUCGAUCAAAGGAACCCCGUUUGAAGUGAGCACCUUGGCGUAGGUCAGCUGGACCUAACCCGUUCACACAGCAUGGGCACACAAUUGCAGAAACCAAACUGAUAAAGACUAACUUAAGUAAUUAUGGUUUAUUUGAACCAAUGCUACUCGGAUACGAAAAAGGACUGGAAACAAAAUAAAUAGAAAGAUCCAUGGAUGGAAACAUUACUCAGCCCAUAGUCGACAGAUACUACUCCUAGCCUGACGUAGUUAGGUCUAUAUCUUUCUUAAAACUCUAAUCAUACUCUGCCAUGACCAUCACAAUAUCUCAUGAUCUGGUCCUGUGUCCUUGUGGUUAUAUCAUUCAACUAAGUUUAUAUCGGUUUUAGCUUGCAUCAAGCUCGGCUGUAAAACAUGAUCAGCGUAUAAUGGUCCAUUGUUUGUUAAGCCAACACACUUCAAAAUCGCACCAGUGUUCAGCUGGGGGGGGGGGGGGUGUAAUUAAUGUUCAUCAGCAGGGAGGCACCACCCGUCUCUUGCGGAUACACUCCCAGAUCCAGCCGGGGGUGACUCUCUGGGCAUGGCUGUCCUCCUCGGGCUCAGUCAGGGUGUGUGUGGCCGAAGCGGCGUCAUACUCUGCCACCAGGUCUCCGUCGUAGGCCACAAAGUAGCGCCGCAGCUUGGUGUGGUCCUGCACAGAGUCUGGCAGGACAAGCUUCACCCCACUGAAAAUGUCCAGUAGAGUCUGGGGAGAGCAGAGAGGAGGAAGUCUUUAAGACACAAUCCUUAGUUUAAUUUAUUCUAUCAUUUAUUAAAAUGACAGUAAAUAUUACAGAUUGCACCUUUAACUAAAUACAGUAUUACAGAUAGAUCAUCCAAUAAUAAAUAAAAACAUUUAUGUUCUAAUAUUUCAUCUACUAGCAUGUCUUGUUAGAACUUUUUGUUUAGAAGAAUUUGAGCGUGAAUCGCAGUUGGUGACCAAUGGAACAGAAACAAUGAAGCACCCACCUUGUCAUUCCUGGGUUCUGCCAACUUGGAGGGGGUCAUCUUAGUCUUGCUUUGUCCAUUACUGUGAUGGACAGUUUCAGUCUUUACCUGGAAUACAUUGGAACGCAGAUACAUUUUGCGGGAUGCAAGGCUGAAAUCUAAUCUGGAUGUGAGAAAUGUAAUGACCCAAUAAAAAAAAGUCUACUGAUGCUACUUCGUGGUUCACC